GCCCGGGCGCCCUGGUCCCAGCCGCGCGCUGGGGAGCGCGCACCGCAGCUGGGGCUCAGCUGGAGGCACGAUUCGUCUGGUUCGGCCGCCCCUCGGCCUCCCUCCGCUCCCACCUACCCUCGACACUCGCAGAAAAGCGUGCGAAGGCGCCGAGAGUGACGGAAACCACAAAUAAAUAGCGGCGGCAGCAGCGCGUCAUCUGGCGGAGCAGGAAGUGCAGGCAGAGUCCGGAGGCUGGUGCUUUCUGCGCGUCCCCAGGACUUUGCCAUGGGCUGGGGGCCGCGGAGGCUGCGAGCUGCCGGGCCAGGACAGCGGCGGCGGCGUCCGCACCGCGGCUGAGCGAGCAGCGUCGCGCGGGGCGCGCGGAGAUGGCAGCGUCCAGCAACUCCAGCCUGUCCGGCUCCUCGGUGUCCUCCGAUGCUGAAGAAUACCAGCCUCCAAUAUGGAAAUCCUACUUCGAGAAAGGGAGACAGAUGUAACCAAUUAACAUGCAGAUGGACUGAAGCAACAAUAUGCUGCUCCUCUACCUCCUGGGAUUAGAGAAGACUUUAUAAAAGAGGUUAAAUUUGCAUGUGGGUCUUGAAGGAUAAAUAAGGAGAAGAAAUCCGAGGGUCUUGAAGAACUUCAUGAGAUACAUGUUAAUAUCCAAUAUAUCAGUUACAGCAAGAGGCCCCUCGUCCCAAGAGGAUCAUUUGCCCUGGGGAGGUGGGAAACAGACCAAAAUAUUAUGGAAGAGAGUUUCAUGGGAUCAUCUCCCGAGAGCAGGCAGAUGAGCUUCUUGGAGGCGUGGAGGGCGCCUACAUUCUUAGAGAAAGCCAGCGCCAGCCAGGGUGCUACACGUUAGCACUAAGGUUUGGAAACCAGACCUUAAACUACAGGCUCUUCUAUGAUGGAAAACACUUUGUGGGUGAGAAGAGGUUUGAAUCGAUUCACGAUCUGGUCACAGAUGGCUUGAUAACGCUGUACAUAGAAACAAAAGCGUCUGAAUACAUUUCCAAAAUGACAACAAAUCCCAUCUAUGAACACAUUGGAUAUGCCACUUUACUCAGAGAAAAAGUAUCCAGGAGGCUAAGCAGGUCUAAAAACGAAUCAAGGAAAGCCAGCGUCACAAAUGAAGAACACACAGCGGUUGAAAAGAUCUCCUCCCUGGUCCGAAGGGCCGCCCUCUCACACAACGACAACCACUUCAACUAUGAGAAGACACACAACUUUAAGGUCCACACGUUCCGAGGCCCGCACUGGUGUGAAUACUGCGCCAACUUCAUGUGGGGGCUUAUCGCCCAAGGAGUCCGAUGCUCAGACUGUGGAUUGAACGUACACAAACAGUGUUCCAAGCAUGUUCCCAAUGACUGCCAACCUGAUCUCAAGAGGAUCAAGAAGGUGUACUGUUGUGACCUGACAACACUCGUGAAGGCUCACAACAUGCAGAGACCCAUGGUGGUAGACAUAUGCAUUCGGGAAAUUGAAGCAAGAGGACUAAAGUCAGAAGGGCUUUAUAGAGUGUCCGGGUUUACUGAACACAUCGAAGAUGUCAAAAUGGCAUUUGACAGAGAUGGUGAAAAGGCCGAUAUAUCUGCCAACAUCUAUCCAGACAUAAACAUCAUCACUGGAGCCCUUAAACUGUAUUUCAGAGACUUACCCAUUCCUGUCAUCACCUAUGAUACCUAUUCCAAAUUUAUAGAAGCAGCAAAAAUCUCCAGUGCGGAUGAGAGGCUGGAAGCGGUCCACGAAGUGCUGAUGCUGCUUCCUCCUGCCCACUAUGAGACCCUCCGGUACCUGAUGAUCCACCUAAAGAAGGUGACUCUGAAUGAAAAGGACAAUUUCAUGAAUGCUGAAAAUCUGGGGAUCGUAUUUGGGCCCACCCUGAUGAGGCCCCCUGAGGACAGUACCCUCACCACCCUCCAUGACAUGCGGUACCAAAAGCUGAUUGUGCAGAUUUUAAUAGAAAACGAAGAUGUUUUGUUUUAAUCCACCAGGGAAGUGAGCUGAAUGGCCCGAGCCCCAUCUAAGUUGAUAAGGCUAAAGAAAUAAAAACAUCUUUUACACCUGGUUUUCCAAACAAGUGGUGGAAUUUCCUAGACCACAGAGGAUCGCCAUGUCGGCUACUGUGUCUCAUAGACACUGGCCCCCUCCACAGGAGAACAGCAAGGAUGAGGGUGAGAAAAAGCCCUCGCCUGGGUCUUUGCUGUGCCUCGUAUGUCUGUUUUGCUGGAAGAGUGAUUAAUAAAUCUUUCUUUAACUUAUUAAAAAACAACGUAGACCUUUAAACUUCAGUCUUAUCAGUAAUAAAAGGGAACUUAAUUCAUAGAGGUACUUGAUACAGUUAUACAUUUUCCACUUACAAAAAGAAGACAAUUCUAUAUGUUAAAUGUUAAAUGAAACUUAUAUUGUAAAAUGUAUUUUUAUUUUAGCUGCAAGAAUGUUACUUUAUUUUAGCAAAUAGAACUCAAUGCAGUGCAUUGAUUAUUACCCUGUGUACCUUGUCCUGCCUUCUUGCUGCGAUCGAUCCCUGAAAAGUUUACCAUGAAUGCAGUAUUAUCUUGACAUACCUCUGUCCUUAUCAGUGCUUUGCAAUGAAAUUUCACCUCCCACCUCUGUCCCUGCUUUUGAUAGAUUUGCUGUUAAGCACUGGCAUUUUGCUGUCUUACAGGUGUAUGUUUAUAGCAAUUGUAGGAUGGUCUGAAACAUCCACAAAUUUUCUUUCCAUAAAAAUUUUGUGAAAUCCCAAAGUAUGUUCUAUGAAUUGGUCAUAGUCUUUCCAUAUCAUGUGUGUACAUCACAGAACAUGCAGAACGUGGUCAUUUUACAUAAAAUAAUUUGGAAACACUGGUUAUAGCUGGGCCAUGUAAAAAGUUAGCACUUCUUUCUUUUCAGGCAAGCAUUCUGAAUUCAUCUGUUAAUGUCAAGUUGCAUUUUUGCCACAUUUCUAUUUAUGAGAAGUGAACCUGCAGAGUCAUUGUUGAUUUUUUUCAUUUUUGUUUUAUAAACAAGCCUGUUUUUUAAAGUAAGAAUGAAUGUUUGGUUUUUUACAAAUAUGUGUUCCUCCUUGAUCAAAGUAACUCUGAUGGAUAAUAAUUUAAUAUGAUUUGAUUGCUACAGUCCUAUCUUAUUGGUUAUAUUUAUCUUAGCAUGAGCUUUCCACACCAAGAUUUCUAUAUUUUGUAACAUAGGUAAAAUAUUUAAAACGUCAAAAACUGUCAAUCUAAAUUUUUUUUCUUAACCCCAACUACAAAGUCUUUUCCUCUCAUUAUCUGAGAUGAUUCAUGUCAUUACUCACUAGUCUUGUUUUGGAGUGACCAGAAAAGAAUUACUGUGUGAUGAGCAAGCUGAAAGGGGAGAGGGCAGUGCAGUUGUUAUCCUAGAAAGUCCUGAGGGCUAUGUGGAUGGACUCCGCUGGCACACGGGGGUCAGAAUGGUUCUGCUUGGUCCCUGCUAGUAUCGUUCCUCCCAACUGUACAGAUUUGUUUGUUGUAGCUUAUGUACUUCUUGACACUGUCAAAAAACUAUCUGGAAAUGGUUUUAUUUUGUGAAGUGAACAAUACUUUGUAAUUUAUGAUAGUGUAAAUGGAAGGAAAAGCAUUAAAUGUAUUAAAUUCUUCUGUC